GCUUAGUUUUAAUCGUCUCCAUCGCUCGCGAGUCCGCAGCUCCACUGGCAUUUCGAUCCCCAUUUCGAAGCUUCCAAUCCAGCGAUCCAGCGCGAGAAGAAGGAGGAGAAGCCGUCUCGGUGGUGGCUACUUGAUCUGCGAGUCGAGGCGGCCGAGCUCCGGCGAGUAGAUAACCAGCCAGAGCCGCCCGGGAUGGCGCGCCGCGGCCAAGGACAAGGAGGAGGAGUGGAGGAGAGGGAGGUGGUGGACCAGGACGGGAGGGAGGAGGAGGUGCGGCGGGCGCUGCCGAUGAUGCCCGUCAGGGUGCUGCUCGCCGAGGGCGACGACUCCACGCGCCACGUCAUCUCCGCGCUGCUCCGCAAGUGCGGCUACCACGUUUCUGCGGCUUCUGAUGGUGUCAAGGCCUGGGAAUUACUAAAGGAAAAAUCGUUCAAAAUAGAUCUUGUCCUCACUGAAGUUGAACUUCCUUCCAUGUCUGGGUUCCUCCUACUCUCCACGAUCAUGGAACAUGACGCCUGCAAGAAUAUCCCUGUCAUAAUGAUGUCUUCGAAUGAUGCAGUUAGCAUGGUUUUCAAAUGCAUGCUGAAGGGCGCAGCCGAUUUCCUUGUCAAGCCGAUAAGAAAGAAUGAGUUACGGAACUUAUGGCAACACGUUUGGAGAAAACAACUUGCAAAUGGUGAGAUCGAUGUACAGCAAAUACAACAAGAAGAGAAUGUCGCAGAACAGCACGGGCGAAAGACUGAAGCGACAAAAGCUGAACAUUCAACUCAAAAUGUGGUCCGUAAAAAUAGAGAAUGCAGUGAACAAGAAAGUGACGCUCAAAGUUCUUGCACAAGAUCAGAACCGGAGGCUGAGAGCAAGCACACCAACAGUUUCUUGGAGUUCAAGCAGAUAACAGAAAGGCAAUCAUCUACUGACCCCAAAAACACUGUGGAAAAUAGAGAUCCUGAAAACCCUAGUGAAAAUAAGCGCAAGAAAGCCUCGACAGAUAUCGAGGUAGUCCAUAUAAUUGAUGAUGCACCGAAGCCUAGCACGAUGGAGGUGGAUAUUGUGAGAACAAACUCUAAAGGAAACGGCGAUAAGUGGUUCUCCAUCCCAGCCCAUCAGUUGGAGCUUUCCCUGAGAAGAUCUGACUAUGGCAGAUCAGAGGACCAAGAGAAAAAUGAUACGAGAACCCUGAACCACUCAACUGCAUCUGCAUUUUCAUUGUACAACUGCAGGCCUGUAUCCUCUUUUGGUAACGCUGGUGAUGCCCAGCCAUGCAGCACCUCAGCAACACAUGUAGAUCCAGCAAACAAGAAUGGAAAUUGGGCGGCUCCUUCUCAAGACAAGACACACACAAGUUGCCAUCCUAUCAGAGUUGUACCACUUCCCGCUCCUGUUGGAGGCCUCACUUUUGAUGGGCAGCCAUUCUGGAGCGGUGCACCUGUGGCACCCCUUCUUUAUCCACAGUCAGGUCCUCCUAUUUGGAAUAGCAGAACUCCAGUGUCGCAAAAGGCGGACACACAGGCAACUUCAUCGCAGCAGAAGUGUCAACAGAAUGAUCCAACAGAGAUGGACUGCCAGCAGACUGAAAGCACACAGCUGCAAGAAGUUCUACCUCCACCUAUUGCAAAUGAAAAGCACCUGCACGUUGAAAUCCCCUCAGACAGCAACACUCAGCAGGUUUCACCUAUGACCGGUGAAAGCGGAAGCAGUACUGUGCUGAACAACUCUGGCAACAGCAAUGCUCUCAGUGGCAGCGCCUGCGGAAGCUCUUCCAACCGGAUCACCACCCCUACUGAACAAUGUAACGCAUCCGACGGUGCCACUGAAAAUCCAAGCAUGGAGGGGUUGCAUCACCUGAGCCAACGUGAGAUUGCCCUGAACAAGUUUCGGCUCAAACGGAAAGAACGGUGCUUCGAGAAGAAGGUGCGGUACCAGAGCAGGAAACUACUUGCAGAGCAGCGUCCCCGGGUGAAGGGUCAGUUUGUUCGGCAAGAUCAGAGCGUUCAAGGAAGCAGCUAGAUGUCACCUGCAGGCAACAACCGUUCGCCUUGCUGCGCCGAUUUGCUGUGUUCUUUGAAAGAGUGGAGAUAACUACAUCAGAAUUAUCGACCUUUCUUUCUUGUAUGCUUAAGUCUGUUGUUAUUGUAUACGCUAACUUGUCGUAGAUUAGCUCGUACAUAGUAGAGUUUGUCAGUAGGCGGCUAGAGAACAUACUACCUGACUCGGUACAUGUUUGCCGUAUACGUUGUUGCACUCUUGUGUGGUUGCAAAGGUGUCAGUCAAGGAUGUCCUAAGACAUACUUUUGUGUGCUUUCUCGAACUGAAACAUCGUUGCUGCAGUUUAGUUCACUGCCUCAGCAAAAUGAUGUCGUCUUUCCGUACUAUAGAUGGAUUUACAUUCAAAAGACAUUUUUUGUAAUUAUUCCUGCAGUUUGGCUGAACUUCUGCCCAUUGUAUGGAUGAGGGCUUGGCAAGUUCUUGCGUGA